AUGGCACCAACACGCUCAGUUGAACUCUUAACCUUGAACAGCCUAACAGAAGGACAGGAGCCUACAGAAGAUGGAAAGUGCUUGUGGUCGAGUAUACUAAAGGAAGUCACUCACAAAGCAUCGUUCAAGCUACCAUCUACAAGAGCCCUAGUUGUUUUGGGGGAUGACGAGACGGGGAAAACAACACUGAUAGCCAAACUUCAGGGCACCGAAGAUCCAAAAGAGAGUUUUGGUUUGGAGUAUACUUUCAUCGACAUUAAAGAUGAGGAUAGAGAUGAUCAGACGAAACUUAGCGUAUGGAUUCUCGAUGGAGAUGCUAUAGAAAGCCGUCUUUUAAAGUUUGCCCUAAACGCCGAUAAUUUCGGGGAGUGCGUAGUCGUAUUGUUGGUUAGCAUGGCUGAACCAUGGAAGAUUGCGGAAAGUUUGGAAAAAUGGGCGGGUGUUCUGGAACGACAUAUAAAUCAAAUAGGAAUUCCACUCGAAACUCUAUCCGAGUAUCGCAAUGGCUUGAUCAGACAAUUUCGCGAUUAUGUGGAGCCCGAUGCACUGUUAGCACCCAACACGCCGGCUCCGAUUUCCCAUGUACCGUUGGCGACGGCACCCAUCAACCCUCGGCGUCCACCCUCGGUGGGAUUGCAUCCAGCUACCGCAGCUCUCCUGUCUUCCACACUUACCGCUCCUACCGUCACCAACAAUACCAAUGGAUCUUCUGGAGCUACCGCAUCAACACCUGAUGGUGAGAAUAGCGACGAACAUCCACCAGUGGAACCACCUCUAGAUAACACUGUCUUGUCAGCAAAUUUAGGUAUCCCGAUGGUCGUUGUUGUAACUAAAACUGACGUGAUGAACACACUGGAGAAGGAAGAGGGCUUCACCGAUGAACACUUUGACUACAUCCAGAUGCACAUCCGGCGUUUUUGUCUUAAAUACGGUGCGGCUUUGUUCUACGUCUCGGUCAAGGAGAACAAGCACUGCGAUCUACUCAAUCGUUACCUACAAAGUCGAAUCUAUGGGUUCCCUUUCACGCAAGCAGCGUACGUCGUCGAGCGUGACUGCGUGUUUGUACCAACCGGUUGGGAUAGUGAGAAGAAAAUCGCCAUUCUAGAGGAGAACUUUGCAAAAAUCAACAGUGGUGAUCCGUACACAGACGUCGUACCCAGACCUGCCCCACGGAAGACGGCAGUUCGCGAACCGGAAGUGGUGGCCCCGGAUGAUCAGUCUUUCCUCACGCGCCUGUUGGCUUCAGUGCAACGAGAAGCUGCAGGUUCUGGAGGUAACCUCUCUGGGACGGGAGCCUCUGAGUCGAUGCUUGAUACACCUACGAUGACAGUAGCGCAAGGUUCUCCAGGUAGCCCUGGUGUUGGAUCUCGUCCGGGAACCGCGUCUCCUCGAUCAUCCUCGGGAAUACGCUCCAAACCCACUCCACCGAGCGCCGCUUCAGGUGUUGGCAACGCACCAGUUAGUUCUGCUCCAAAUUCUCGGGCUUCUGAAGGUGUUCUUGCCCACUUCUUCACGAGUCUGCUGAACAAAAAGACGAAUGUCCCCGGCGUCGGCGCGUCCAGCCCAUCUGCCCCACCCCAAGGAGCUGACAAACUUGGAAUGUCACCUAAAGAUAUUCAAACAGAAUUAGAGCGCUUGGCCCGCAGCUCUCGAGAGGCUUUGGAAGCUAGCAAAGUGCCGAAGACGCAAUCCACCCCGACAGAAGAACCUGCACCGACCACUGAACCGCCCACUGAAUAACCUGCGUUGUGUUGCACAGUGACUGCAUUCCCACCGAAACUUCAUCAUCACCUAACACCGUGCGUAUAUCUUCUCCGAUUGUUUGUGACUUCAAACGCUCAUAACGAUGCAUUGCAACGACUUUUUCACUGCAACCGCCUCUUAUCUCGAGAUAUUUCACGUUGUCAGCCCUUGUCUUCUCGCUUAUAGUUCAUGUAAGCGCGCAUUAUUAAACUUUCCUCA